AUGGUAGAUUGGUAUGCCCUGGAAACUGUUUUGAGAGAGCUGGGUAUACCUUGUAGAUUUGUCCAUUGGAUUAUGCUGGUGGUCAGGACUGUCACAUAUAGGUUCAGGGUUAAUGGUGCUCUUACAACUGAGAUGCAGGCCAAAAGAGGGGUCAGACAAGGAGACCCCAUAUCUCCACUUCUUUUUGUUGUAAUGAUGGAAUACCUGAACAGAUUGAUGGCUAAAAUGCAGAAGGAACCAGCUUUCAAACACCAUCCAAAAUGUGACAAACUGGGAAUCACACAUCUCUCUUUUGCUGAUGAUGUACUCAUGUUUUGCAGGGGUGAUGUUGGCUCUGUGGAGAUGAUGAUGAAAGUUCUAAAUACUUUUGCUGGCACUACUGGGCUGAUUGUGAAUCCAAGGAAGUGCAAAGUUUACUUUGGUGGAGUGGAUGAAGACACCAGAAGAAGGAUAACUGAGCUCACUUCUUAUGAUGAAGGCCUGCUCCCAUUCAGGUACUUAGGGGUUCCACUCACCAUUAGAAAACUGAAUAUUAAACAUUAUCUCCCUCUCAUUGAUAAAAUUCUGGCAAAGAAGAUAGAUGGUAUUUGUAGAAGUUUUGUAUGGACUGGGAAAGCAACGGUUAGCAAGAAGAGCUCCAUUGCUUGGGAAUCAGUCUGCAGGCCUAAGAAUCUUGGAGGUAUGAACAUCUUCAAUCUUUGUCUCUGGAAUGAUAUUGCUCUCUUGAAGUGCCUUUGGAAUCUGAGUUUAAAAGCUGACAACCUUUGGGUUAAAUGGGUGCAUGCUCAUUAUCUCAAAAAGAAGACUUUAAUGGAGGCAGAUAUUAGUACCAGCUGCUCAUGGGUGAUAAAGAAAAUUUUGAGACUUAGAGAGCAUCUCCCUAAUCUGCAACCAAUGUGGGAUCACAUGAUUCAAAAUAGAAGCUUUUGUAUGCAUAAGCUGUAUGAAAAACGGAUAGACUCAGAUAGGGUGCCUUGGAGGCAUUUAAUACAAGGAAACAGUGCUAGACCUAGGGCUACUAUCCUCACAUGGAUGGCCUGCCAUGGAAGAUUGAGUACUAAGGAUAGACUGCGACAGAUGGGCUUGAUUACUGAUCACAUUUGCAGCCUGUGUAAUGUUUGUGAUGAAACACUUGACCACCUUCUGUUUGAAUGCAGGUUUGCCAAGGAAGUAUGGAAAUAUGUUCUGCAGUGGAUUGGAAUUUCACAUGAUCCUCAACCUUGGUCCAUUGAGUUGGGGUGGAUUACCCGUAUGAUUGGAAAAAAAGGAUGGAGAUUUAGGAUUCCGAAGAUAGCAAUGGCUGAAACCAUUUAUGGUGUUUGGCAAUAUAGGAAUGAUAUAAUUUUUAGGGGCAAUACUCAUAGGAAUACAAGUAUAGAUAUUGGAGAUAGAAUUAUAGAGAAAGAGAUGUAUAGAGGGUGGUAUUCACCCAAAUUAAGGAAGCACAUAGCUACCUUAAUGCUUUAG